ACGGGCCGGGUGGUGCGCUGGCCGGGUCCUCGCGGCCGGUCCCGCGGGUCUGGAGGGCCCGGCCAGGCAGGGGAGCGUCGGGCAGGCUGGGGACCCGGCCAUACCUGCCCGCCCUCCCGGCUGCGCGCCCCUCGGCCGCUCUCGGCGCCGGGGCGCGGGAUGCACAUGGGAGCCCGGGGCGCCCAAGAUGCGGGCGCCGGCCAGGGAGCUCUUCCAGGACGCCGCCUUCCCCGCCUCGGACUCCUCGCUCUUCUCCAGCUUCUCCACGCCGCUGGCCCAGUUCCGGGAGGACAUCACUUGGAGGCGGCCCCAGGAAAUUUGUGCCGCACCCCGGCUGUUUCCAGAUAACCCACAGGAAGGACAGGUGAAGCAAGGCCUGCUGGGGGACUGCUGGUUCCUGUGCGCCUGUGCCGCCCUGCAGAAGAGCCGCCACCUCCUGGACCAGGUGUCUGUGACAGUGCAGGUCAUUCCUCCAGGACAGCCGGGCUGGCUCGACCAGACGUACCGUGGCUCCUUCACCUGUCGAAUUUGGCAGUUUGGACGCUGGGUGGAGGUGACCAUAGAUGACCGUCUGCCUUGUCUUACAGGGAGACUCUGCUUCUCCCGGUGCCAGAGAGAGGAUGUGUUCUGGCUUCCCUUACUGGAGAAGGCCUACGCCAAGAUCUAUGGGUCCUAUGAACACCUGUGGGCCGGGCAGGUGGCGGAUGCCCUCGUGGACCUGACUGGUGGCCUGGCAGAAAGGUGGAACCUGAAGGACUUGGUGAGAACCAGUGACCGACAGGACAGGCCUGGGGGCUCAGAACACAGGACUUGUCGGCAGCUGCUCGACCUGAAAGACCGGUGUCUGAUAAGCUGCUCGGUGCUCAGCCCCAGAGCAGGUGCCACGGAGUUGGGGGAGUUCCAUGCCUUCAUUGUCGCAGAUCUGCGAGAGCUGCAGGGUCGGGCCGGUCAGAGCAUCCUGCUGCUGCGGAUCCACAACCCCUGGGGCCGGCGGUGCUGGCAAGGGCCCUGGAAGGAGGGGGGCCCAGGGUGGAGCCAAGUGGAUCCGGCAGAUGCAACCGAGCUGCUGUCCCAGCUCCAGGAGGGGGAGUUCUGGGUGGAGGAAGAGGAGUUCCUCCGAGAGUUCGAUGAGGUCACUGUCAGCUACCCCAUCACCGAGGCCGGCCACCUGCAGAGCCUCUACUCAGAGAAGGUGCUGUGCCACACUCAGGAGCUGCCUGGGGCCUGGGUCAAGGGGCAGUCGGCAGGAGGCUGCCGGAACAACAGUGGCUUUCCCAGCAACCCCAAGUUCUGGCUGCGGGUCUCAGAGCUGAGCGAGGUGUACGUUGCCGUCCUGCAGAGGCCCAGAAUACGCAUGGCGGACUGGGCGGCCCGGGCCCGGGCACUGGCAGGGGCUGACCGUGCCGCGUGCAGCCCAGAGAGCUUCCCAGGCAAGGACUACCAGGCCGUGGGCCUGCACAUCUGGAAGGUGGAGAAGCGGCGGGUCAGCCUGCCCAGGGUCCUGUCCGCGCCUCCCGUGGCUGGUACUGUGUGCCAUGCGUAUGACCGGGAGGUCCACCUCCGCUGUGAGCUCACCCCGGGCUACUACCUGGCUGUCCCCAGCACCUUCCUAAAGGAUGUGCCGGGGCGCUUCCUGCUCCGAGUCUUCUCCAGCGGGAGAGUCUCCCUCAGUGCCAUCAAGCCCGCGGCCAAGAGCCCCGCCCCUGGGGAUGCCCUGCCCGCCGGGGAGUGGGAGACUGUGCGACUUCGGGGCUCCUGGAGAAUCGGCCAGACAGCGGGGGGCAGCAGAAACUUCGCCUCCUACCCCACCAACCCCUGCUUCCCCUUCACGGUCCCCGAGGGCGUGGGCCCCCGCUGCGUCCGAAUCACUCUGCGCCAGCACUGCCAGGACAGCAAGUACCACCCCAUCGGCUUCCACGUCUUCCAGGUCCCGGUGGCUGGUGGGAGCCAGGGCAUGCCGUCCCUGCUGCUCCAGGAGCCUCUGCUGAGCUGCGUGCCACAUUGCUACACCCAGGAAGUGAGCCGGCUCUGCCACCUGUCUGCGGGGACCUACUGGAUUGUGCCCUCCACCUACCUGCCCGACACAGAGGGGUCCUUCACGGUGACCAUUGCCACCAGGAUAGACAGGCAGUCCAUUCACAGCCAGGAGAUGCUGGGGCAGCUCCUCCAGGAGGCCUCCUUCAUGGCGGUGAUGAAAACCUAACCGGAUGGCCCCGUGUGUCAGCUCUGGUGAUGGGGGGUCUGAGGGGACUCCUGGUCUCCACGGCGUCCUCACAUGGUGCUGCCAGCCUCAGUGCUGCAGUGGCUGGUCCUGAGCUGGGCGGCUGCACGUGAAG